CUUCUUGUUGCUCCGCUCUUCAGCAGCAGCAGUUAGCAGACUCCACCGCUUCAGCCGCAGUUAGUUUACCAUCUGAAAUGCACUUGACUGGACUCUGCGGGGCUAGCUGGAGUUUGUCAUCCUGUGAAGUCAUGGCUCUCCAUCUUCAUCUACAGACAGCACGUCACUGAAGAUAAACAUACCGCGAGACUUUUUGAGGAUAAACUUUGGAGCUAAAUGACAUUUAACCCACGCCGGACAUGAGGAUGGAGACGGUGUUUUACCUGCUUGUCUUCGUGUCGGCCCGGGUUAGUUGGGGUCUUGGAUAUGCGGAGUCGAGUGUUCAGUCCGGACAGAGAGCAGCCAGCAGACACAGGAACUGGUGUGCUUAUGUGGUGACACGCACUGUUAGCUGUGUGAUGGAGGAUGGGGUGGAGACGUAUAUCAAACCAGACUAUCAGCGCUGUACAUGGGGCCAAUGUCCACGAGUUGCAUACCGGACAUACAGAAGACCAAGGUAUAAGGUAGCCUACAAGAUGGUGACAGAAAUGGAGUGGAAGUGUUGCCAUGGUUACUCUGGGGAAGACUGCCAUGAUGGGCCAAAGGGAACCUCCGACACUCAGGUCAACGGAGGACGACCUCGCGUCACACAGACAGGCUACAACACAGGCGGUGGACAGAGAGGAGAAGGUGACAGUGAGAAGAUCAAACAGCUGGAGGAAACGAUCCGCGGUCUGACCAAAGACCUCCACAACAUGCAGACCACCAUCCACGGCAUGAACCAGAGGCUGCCUGGUCUAAAUGGGGCUGUUGUCCCAGCUGAUUCAGCUCAGCCACACAUGAAGGAAACCAUCAACAGCAUCCAGACCAAGCUGGACCACCUCUACAACAGGACGCAGGUCCAUGACCAGACCCUGCUCAACAUUAACAACCAUCUGGUGAAUGGGGGAGGCAAUGAACUGGACGGAGCGUCCAGAGGAGGAGGACCUGGGGGAAACCAGCUGAACACUCUAAAGGAGGAGAUACUGACGGAGCUGGAGAGGAGGGUGACUCUGUCCUGCUCCGCCUGUCAGGCUGGUGUGGAGGACCUUAGGCGCCAGCAGCAAGAGGACAGGGAGCGGAUCCAAGCACUGGAGAAGCUGAUGAGCUCCAUGGACCAGCACCUGAGACAGAGCCUGGACAUCUCCCGCAGUGAGACCCAACGCUCCCAGGCCUGCUGCAACACAGUCACUGAGCUGGAGAAGAGGCUGUCUGGUCUCGAUGUCCGUGUCACCUCCACAGCUAACAAGUGUGACACCAUUAAAGGGCGGCUGGACAAGGAGCUGGCUGGGACAGGGGGAGGAAAGGGGAGAGUGACAGAGGACAGGUUGAAUGGUAGACUCAGAGAAUUAGAGAAGAGAGUGAACAACACGGUGAGGAAGACGGAGCAGAGGUGUACUAACACCGGUAACAACGUGAAGGACAACGUCCAGAGAGACGUCACACAGCUACGCAACAUGGUCCUCACGCGACUGGAUGACCACACCUUUAGAAUCGGCAAGAUAGAGCUGGACGUGACUGUUCUCGGAGAUACGGUCAGUGACCACAGUCGGCGUUUAAGCCAGUUGGAGAACAUCACAACCUUCCUAGACAGAAGGCUAACAUCAACCACAAAAAUGUGCAAUGAGACCUGUGGACCUAAUGGAAAAGGCCGUAAGACUGAUGACACUGUGAAAACUUUAGAGUGGAGAGUUGUGACCAACCAAGAGGAGAUCCAGAAAUUUAACACCAGGUUAGAUGACUUGUCUGUGUCAGGGGACUCGCUGAUUGACAGAGUGAUCAACUUAACAAACGAUGUCAAAAAGAUAAUAGCUGUGACGGGGGAGAGCGGUGAUAACUUCAAUCGGAUUGUCACAGAGGUUGAAACAUUGGGUCGUGAUUUCGAGGACUGCUCUAUUUGCAGAAGUUUCGAGGAGGACUUGCGCUCGCUCACCAACUCCACCGAGAGCCGCCUCAGCAAGUGCCAGACAGAACUGACAGACCUGCGGAGAAAGGUCGACUCAGGAGAAUCUGUCUGCUCUCAGGUGUGCUCCAACCUACAGGAGGAGGUUGGGCGACUCAGAGAGGAAGUGGAGGAGUGUACAGGACAGUGUAAAAUCAACAUAAAUGAUCUGAAGAAACGCCUGGACAACCAUGGCGUCCAUAGUGGAAGAUUAGGAGGGGACCUGAAGUCCAUCCAAGGAGAGCUGGCUGGGGUCAUGGUCACAUUUGACUCCAUUAAUAGCACUCUGAAGGGCCUGGGAAGGACUGUUCAGAGACAUGGGGACACACUGACUGACCUGAGCAACACGAAAGACAACAUCAUCUCUGAGGUGGACCAUUUGCAGAAGGAGCUGACAGAUCAUGUUGAUGAUUCGAAGAUUCGAUUCGGCAGUCUGGGCAAAGAGAUCCAAAUAAUUAGGAGCAAUUAUGUGACAGAGGUGGGGGAGUGCCGGCGCUCCAGCGAUGGCCUGGACAGAAGACUCUCCAAGCUGGAGGGAGUGUGCGGACGCUUCGACUCUUUCUCAGACAGCCUGGAGAGGAUCAAGGAGGGCCUGAACCGACAUGUGUCUGGGCUGUGGAGCUGCGUUAAUGGACUCAAUGUCACUGUAACGUCCCAAGGAGAUCUUAUCGACGGUAUCCUGAACGUCCAGCUGGAGAACGUCCACUCUGACAUACACGGACUGAACUCUUCAGUGGUGAACCUGGUCAAGGAGUUCCACAGUUUCAUAGAGCAGGACUUCGUGGGGCCACCUGGUCUACCGGGCCCCCGCGGAGAGAGAGGCGAGCGUGGAUACCAAGGUCUUGUAGGACCCCAAGGGAGGGUAGGACCUCAAGGCAUAGAGGGCAAGCAGGGACCAGCUGGACCCCCAGGUCUCAGAGGUGAACAGGGUCCUGCAGGGUCUGAUGCCCACGUGCCACGCCUUUCUUUCUCUGCUGCACUGACUCGCCCGAUGAGAAGCGCAGGAACCAUAGUGUUCAACGAGGUCUUUGUCAAUGAAAACAACGUCUACAAUCCCAGAACAGGUUAUUUCACAGCUCCGGUGAGUGGGAAGUACUUCUUCAGCGGCAUCCUUACCGGCCAUAAGAACAUGAAGAUCGAGGCCGUGUUGUCUAAGUCCAACACUGGUGUGGCCCGAGUGGACUCAGCUGGGUAUCAGCCUGAAGGUCUGGAGAAACCCAUGGCAGAGGCCAAGCACAUCCCUGGAGCUCUGGCUGUCUUCAACAUCAUCCUGCCCAUGGAGAAAGGGGACACGGUCUGCAUCGACCUCGUCACUGGCAAACUGGCUUACUCCUCCGAACCGCUGACCAUCUUCAGUGGCACGCUGCUGUACGAGACCAACUGAUUGGAUUGUCUCUCAGGGAGUGGAGUCUCUCUCAGUGAAACAUUCAGCAUGAGAGCUUUUAAUUUGUCUGCUAGACUGUAAGAGACAGAGCCACCUGCUGAACAGUCAAGAUACUUAAAUAGCAACUGGACUGAAUUAAUUCAGUGAGGAGAAAAAUACUUAAUAUUUUACUUUAUGUGCUGAGAGGAAAGGACAAAAGAGUCCUCUUAAACCACAUUAUUUUUGUGUUUCACAGCUUUAAGGAAAACUAUCUGUGCAAAAAGCGAUUGUGUUUUUAAUCUAUGGUAUGUUAUGUUCAAGAAAAAAAAAGCCACCGCAGGGUUAUCUUAUAAUUCCAUACUUUAUGCUGUUCUGUAAACUUGAAUUCUUCUCAUUACACCAAGAUAGCCUUCAGGUCUUUAAUGAAAAUUAAAGGACAUUUGGCAAGAUGAUAACAGAUUAAGGAUGUGAGGGUGUUUUGUUUUUGUGUGUAAUCCACCUAAAGCAUUUUAAAUGUUCAGAGGUUAUUGCACACUAUUUCCUUUCUUCAUGCUCAUAGUUUCAUUUUGACCACAAGCAAAUUCCCAGAAACAUAACACUCAAUGCCAAUUGUGUUGGAAAAAAAUGUAGUGUUGGAGGCGGAGGGGACACAGUCCAAACCACUAUUCUUUUAGAAGGAAGUACACAAAUGAAGUCACUGACAGUUCAUUCGAGAAACCACAGGAUUUUAUAAAUCAUACAACAGCAAAACAAUAAGACCAUUUUAGGGCAUUGGCCAUGCCCAGAAACACGAGGAGAGGAGGAAGAUGGCCAGGAGGAAGAAUGAGGAUUUUUUCCCCCUCUAUCCUAAUAAGGGCCAUCUAAACUUGGCGGAGGAUCAAGUCUUUAAAGUUAUGAAGCUGUUACUAUCAUUUUAUCUUACAGUGGAAUUCUUUUGUAAAGCUAACAAUAACAAAAGUUUGAAGCUGAACCCUUGUUUCUAUGCUACAAAUCCCUUGUCUUUCACGAAUAGACACACUUCCUGCUUUUAAAAGUCAAAUUAAAAAUUCUCCAGAAGAAAAUAUGUGCAUAAUAUCAGGUUUGUAGAUAUUCUUGAAUGGAUUUUAAAAGGAACAUUGCACAUUUUCUGCAGAGAUGAAACAGGCCACAUGUUGCAUUAUAUUGACAUUAUGAAUUAAUAUCAGCAUAUCAGGGUUGGCUCACAAUGUGUAUUUUUUUCACGUUUUCCUCUGUGUUCAAUGUGGGAAUGUAAUUUUAUAUGUUUCUAUGCAUUGUAUAACCUUGAAGGAAUGUAAAUAUUUUUCAGUGGUUUUGCCCAUAUAAGAUUUUUACGAGUUACCACUUCACCUUGCCAGGUAUUGUAUAUGUUUUGUAUGUUUUUGCCACAUGUGUGCCUCAAAUACAGAUACCCAGUUUUACACAGCUGAUGUCCACAGUCUCA